GGCCGGGCCGCAGGGGGGCGCCGCCGGGGCCGCGCUGCUGCACGAGUUGCCGGGCAGCGGAGGAGGCCCUCACUUCCGCGUCGGGCCCCGCGGCGUCCGGCGGCCGCGCCGAGGGCCGGGCGGGCCGCAGGAGAAGCUGACUUAGGCGGGGUCCCUCCUCAUCCCUGUACUCAGGCUGCUGCUGUGCUCCUGUCGUCGACAAGAAGCCUCCAGGUGGACAGAGGUGGACCAGGACCACUGCUAUUGUGCAGUUUCUGAGAGUGUUUGAAGGCAAAAAUUCAGGUGUUGCUGGGAGCGAUGGAAGGUCACGAGGCAGAAGAAAAGGUGUUAGAUAUUCUUCGACUGAACGUUGGUGGCUGUAUUUACACAGCCAGACGUGAGUCCUUGUGCCGCUUUAAAGACUCGAUGCUGGCAUCUAUGUUCAGUGGUCGUUUCCCUCUAAAAACAGAUGAAUCGGGGGCUUGUGUGAUUGACCGCGAUGGACAUCUAUUUAAAUACCUUUUGGAUUAUCUUCACGGAGAAGUUCACAUUCCCACAGAUGAGCAAACCCGAAUUGCUCUGCAGGAAGAGGCUGAUUAUUUUGGCAUCCCUUAUCCAUACAGCCUGUCCGACCACUUGGCCAAUGAAAUGGAGACAUAUUCUUUAAGGUCAAAUAUAGAACUUAAAAAGGCUUUAACAGACUUCUGUGAUUCAUAUGGUUUAGUUUGCAAUAAACCAACAGUUUGGGUUCUCCACUAUCUUAAUACAUCUGGUGCAAGCUGUGAGAGUAGAAUUAUUGGUGUAUAUUCCACAAAAACUGAUGGAACAGAUGCUAUUGAUAAGCAGCUGGGAGGAAGAAUUCACAGUAAAAGCAUUUUUAAAAGAGAGGCGGGAAAUAAUGUUCAGUAUAUUUGGAGCUAUUAUUCAGUAGCUGAACUGAAGAAAAUGAUGGAUGCCUUUGAUGCCUGGGAAGGAAAAGGUGUUAGCUACUGGCGGGUGCCUCAUGAGCUGAUAGAAUGUUGGACUCUGGAGGAGCGGCCUUUACUUGGAAGCCUCCGUCACAUGGCCCCAGUUCGGAAGAGGCGGCUGGUGGCGUUCAGCGAAGACGAGGAGGACGGUGUGAACUGUAAGCCGGGGCCCAAGCCAGUCAGAUUCCUGGGCCCUUCCACCAGCACCCAGAUCAAGGUCAAGAACUCGGCGUCGGUCCGGGUGCGCCGGGCCUGCGCCCCGCAGCCUCCCGGCCCGAGGGCGGCUGCGCGCUGGGCGCCACCCAAGGCCGCGGCUCCUCGCGGGGCCGCCGGCGCCCAGAACGCCGAGAACGGCGCCGCGCACCCUCCUCCCGCCAAGGUCCCGCCGUCCGAGCCGAAGGCCGCGGGGCCGCGGGUCAUAAAGCUCAAGCGGACUCCUCUGCGCGCCGCCGCGCCCGCCCCGCCGCCCCCGCCGCCCCCGCCGCCCCCGUCGCCCCCGUCGCCCCCGGGAGCCCCCGCCGCGCACGCGCGGACUGAAAACGGCCAGGGCCCAGCCGACUGACCGGAACGCGGCCGGGCGCCCCCCCCCCCCCAGCGCCCCCCGCGGCGGGGCCAGGAGGGAGCCCCUCGCGUUUCUCCGGGCGUCGGCGUCGCGGGAAAGACGACCGCGUCCUCUAGGAGGGGAAGAGGGAGGCGGCGCCCGUCGGGCCUGCCUUCCCGCCUCCUUUCCCCAACUUGGCCGUGGUUGUCUCCGGACAGUUGAAUUUCGGGUUUUUAAUUUUUUAAUUUUUUUUGGAUGGUUGAUUAGUAUUAAGGCAACGAAACAGUACAAUAAAAUCACUAGAGAAGUCC